UUUGCGGGGCCGCUGCGGCUGUUCCCAAAGAGCAACCCAACCAACAACAAGCGCUUCGUUCGGCAUGACCUACGAGGCGCUGAUCGUCGUCGUCUUCGGCGUCGCCCUCGCCGUCGCGUCGGUGGCCUUAUUCAUCGCUCACGUCAAGCGCAUCAACGCCCCAAACCGAGCUGAUCCCGCCGGCACCCUCGUACAUGUCGACCUAGGCGCCGCGCUCGCCAAGGACGAGGCCGCCGCUGCCCUUCGCGAGGCUGGUGGGCGCAACAACGGCGGGAGACGAAGCACUAACGAGGACAGCAGUGCUGGGUGCUCGGGAGAUGCGUUCGCGUUGCAGCCGAAUGGAGCGGCUCGCCGCCGGAGACGACCGUCGGUAGAGACGGCAAACCGGUGUGCUCAUGGUAGUCAGCAGGAGACUGCUGCUGCUGUGGGCACGCAACAACCCACGGACACCCAGCAGCCACGGGAAGCAGGGGCAUCAUCGUACACGGCGACCAUGGUGCUGCCCUCGCCGCUGUGGGCCGAGGCUAUCCUCAAGCACGCCGAGGUCAAGCGCAAGAAGCUCCGGAGCAUGGUCAAGAGCGGGGAGAUCGCUGCCGGUUGGGAGGCCAAGUGGGAGCGGUUACCGCGGCCGAGAAGGCGCAAGCUGCUGGAGGCGGUGAGGGAGGAGCUGGUGCACGCGGUGUCCUCGUACAUAGGACGCGAUGAGGCGCUGUUCGACGUUAUCUGCCCACACCUCAGCUUGAGUGCUCUAGAGGAGGAGCACCGCGGAAUUUCCGGGUUGUCCCGUCUCGUUCGUGGUUGUAUGGACGGAAAGUUGCCGGAACCCCGGUCGAAAGCGUUCGUGGCGGUGCGAGACGCUCUCGCUAUGGCGGCGACAGGCGCGGCGGCGGCGGCGGCGGCGGAGAACGUUUCCAAGGACAAGCGGGGACCGGUCCGGGCAUUCCUGCCGACGUUCCGGAAGCUCUGCUCUUCCUCUUUCUGUAUUGGGGCGCUGGAAGCCAUCGUGAGCGGGAGGGCAGACGGUUCAGCUGGCCCCACGGUGGGCUCCGUUUGCUCCGCCCUUGUCAAGACGGGAGGAUCGGGCGUCCUCCUGUUCGCCUUCUUCCACGGAUUGAAGCAGAUGUCAGCCUCGGAGGUUACAGACUCGGCCGGGCUUCCAGCGGGCGUGGGUGGGGGAGGGGGGAGUCGGAUUCCUGGUCAAGGAACACUUGUUUGACGUGGUGGAAGUAGUGGUGAAAACGGAAUUNUCGAUGGGGGGGAUGCUUUCGUGCUUUCUGCGCGGUGGGGGGGUUAGAUUAUGCUGUGUUGUUGAAUCCCUGAAACAUGAUAUGUUUUUGUGUGAUGUGUUGGUGGGGUUGUGAUGUACCAGUGCAAUUCUCCGAAUUUGCAACAGCUUCGCAGUGUAAGGUACGUCACGUUUGUGUAUCAUGUUCGUGGUUUGUUAGUGUUAUAGGUGAGUCGCGACGGUUUUGAUCCAAUUUCAACGACUCGAGUAACUACCCAAGGUUUAAGGACCGCUUGUUGUUGUUAAUCUAUGUAUACAUAAGGCGCGGCCUCA